AUGUGGCACGCCAUCAAAAACACCUUCGUCACGACACUGGAGGUGCGCUCAUCCGCGCAGGAGUUCGCGAUGAUCGUGGACUGGAUGGGUCGUCAGCCGCGUGGGCAGCGCAUCCGAAACCUGGGCUUGAAGCCGAUCACCGUGCAGGACGAGCAGAAGACGGUGUGGUGUGAUACGCCAUCGCCGCUGUCAGACGACGUCGACGCGCGCGUCAUGCUGGUACCGGGCUACGGGAGUCACCUGCUCCGCUUCGGAUCAACGUGGGUGUACAUUACGCGCGCGGAAGAUCCGUCUAAGCAGAAGGCCGCCGCGGCCAAUCGCGUGGAUCGCGAGAACGACAAGCUCACUCUGACCUUCUUCACGCGCCGCCGGGCUGUUGUGCAACAGUUCAUGAAACACGUGCAGGAGUCGUGGCGGGCAAAUGUGCGCAACACGGUGCACAUCUACCUCAGCGAGGGAUACGGCCCACGGUGGCAUCUCCUGUCCGAACGCAUCCGGCGGCCGCUGUCCACUUUGUACCUCCCUGCGGACACCAAGGCCGUUGUCGAGGAGGCGAGGCUUUUUUUGCGGCUAAAAGACACGUACGCGGCGCUGGGGAUCCCGUGGCGUCGCGGAUACCUGCUUGAGGGGCCGCCCGGCACUGGCAAAACGAGCUUCGUGAUGGCACUCGCUGGCGAGUUGGGGCUCCCGGUGCACAUUCUCUCCCUUCGCAGUGACAACAUGGACGACGACGCGCUACUGUCGCUCACCAGUAGCCUGCCGCGCCGGUCGAUUCUACUUAUCGAGGAUCUCGAAAAUGUCCUCAAGACGCCACCGGGGGCUGGAAGAAGCGCUCUGUCCUCCGGCGCAAGCGACACUGCCGCAGUGGCAGCAGCCGAAACAAGCGCGGCGUCCCCUGCAUCGCCCUACUCGACAGACAUUGGCGGUGGCCCUCGCUCUGCCAUGUCGCUGAGUGCGUUACUGAAUGCCCUGGACGGUGUUUCCAGCAGCGAGGGGAGGCUGCUCUUAAUCACCACGAAUGACACCAGUCGCAUCCCGUUUGCCGAGGUGCUGCUGCGGCCUGGCCGUGUCGAUCGCCGCAUCAGGUUUCAGCCACUGCACGUGGAGCAGUUGCGCGAGAUGGAGGCGUCCUUUCAACAGGCACUGCAAGCGUCCCCUUGCUCGGCAGUGGAGAACCCGAGGUUGCCCAGUGCCCGCCCAAGCGCUCACGAGGACGACCGCUCCGUCGCCUGCACACCGGCACAGUACCAGCAGAGGUUGCUCGACGCCGUCUACGCGUCGCUCACGUCCAGGCCUCGAGCGGAAAGCAAGUGA